AUGAACCCCGAGAAAAUUCAAACUCCCACCCUACUAAUUCUCAAACAAAAUCCACUUAACCACACUGUCCAUCUGUCUUCCGACCAAUUGUCCUAUUUUCGUAUUGUCUUUUUGGGACACUUUGUCCCCAUAAAUUUGUUUAGACCUGAAUUCGAAAAUAUUCCAAUUUGGCCUUUUUCAACUCAACGUCCAAAUCUUCGCCAGGCUUCAAUGCAAAAGAAUCUUUAAA